AACAGAACUGAGAGCAGCAAGAGCGAGCAGGCUAUUUCAACCAUCCUCGAAUCACACUGGAUCUCCCGCUACACAGAAAAUAUGAAGAUAGGGGCUCAGGUUUGGAGGGCACUGGCAAAGUCGUGUCUCCUCUGUGCUACUCUGGGAUGUCUCCAUUUCCCUGGUUCCAGAGGUGGGAAGCCCGAUUUCUUUGAGACAAAGGCAGUCAAUGGGAGCCUUGUCAAGAGCAGACCAGUACGGAGUGUGGCGGAAGCCCCAGCACCUAUUGACUGUGAGCUAUCCACCUGGUCUUCCUGGACUGCAUGUGACCCCUGUCAGAAGAAAAGGUACAGACAUACUUACUUGCUCCGGCCCUCUCAGUUCUAUGGGGAAUUGUGUGACUUGUCCGACAAGGAAGUUGAAGACUGUGUUACCAACCAACCCUGCAGGAGUCAAGUACGAUGUGAAGGCUUUGUGUGUGCACAGACAGGGAGGUGUGUGAAUCGCAGACUCCUUUGCAAUGGGGACAAUGACUGUGGAGACCAAUCAGAUGAAGCCAACUGUAGGAGGAUUUAUAAAAACUGUCAACGGGAGAUGGAGCAGUACUGGGCAAUUGACAGGCUGGCCAGUGGGAUAAAUCUGUUCACAAACACUUUUGAGGGCCCAGUUCUCGAUCACCGGUAUUAUGCUGGUGGAUGCUCCCCCCACUACAUCCUGGACACCAACUUUAGGAAGCCAUACAACGUAGAAAGCUACACCCCACAGACCAAAUGUGAAUAUGAAUUCACACUUACAGAAUAUGAAUCAUAUUCAGAUUUUGAACGUCUAGUGAUAGAAAAGAAAACCCACAUGUUUAAUUUCACGUCUGGUUUUAAAGUGGAUGGCGUUAUGGAUCUUGGAAUUAAAGUAGAAAGCAACGAAGGCAAAAAUUAUGUGACCAGAACCAAACGCUUCGCCCACACUCAAAGCAAGUUCCUCCACGCGCGCUCUGUCCUUGAAGUGGCACAUUACAAGCUGAAGUCUAGAAGCCUCAUGCUCCAUUAUGAAUUCCUUCAGAGGGUCAAGAGCCUGCCCCUGGAGUAUAGCUAUGGGGAAUACCGAGAUCUUCUUCGUGACUUCGGGACCCAUUUCAUCACUGAAGCCGUACUUGGGGGCAUCUACGAGUACACGCUUAUCAUGAACAAAGACGCCAUGGAGCAAGGAGACUACACUCUUAGCCAUGUUACUGCCUGUGCUGGAGGAAGUUUCGGUAUUGGUGGUAUGGUCUAUAAAGUCUAUGUCAAAGUGGGCGUUUCCGCAAAGAAAUGCAGUGACAUUAUGAAAGAAAUCAACGAAAGAAAUAAGAGGAGCACCAUGGUAGAAGACUUGGUAGUUCUUGUGAGAGGAGGGACAAGUGAGGAUAUCACUGCCUUGGCAUACAAGGAGCUACCAACCCCUGAACUGAUGGAGGCAUGGGGCGAUGCUGUGAAGUACAACCCAGCAAUCAUUAAGAUCAAGGCUGAGCCCCUGUAUGAGCUUGUGACAGCCACAGACUUUGCAUACUCCAGCACAGUGAAGCAGAACUUAAAGAAGGCACUAGAAGAAUUCCAGAGUGAGGUCAGCUCCUGCCGCUGUGCUCCUUGCAGAGGGAAUGGAGUCCCUGUCCUGAAAGGAUCCCGCUGUGAGUGCAUCUGCCCCGGUGGCUUCCAAGGCACAGCCUGUGAGGUUACCUAUCGGAAAGACAUCCCCAUAGAUGGGAAGUGGAGUUGCUGGUCUGACUGGUCUGCAUGCUCUGGAGGACACAAAACAAGACACAGGCAGUGCAACAAUCCAGCCCCUCACAAAGGAGGCAGCCCCUGUUCGGGUCCUGCUUCCGAAACACUCAACUGUUAAAGGAGGGCACACACAGAUGAUCCCGAGUGAACUCCAACCCUCACACACUUAGCCAGGCUUCCAGUACUCCAGCUCCCACCCAGGGCUGUCACAACAAAACGCAAUGCCACUCUGCCCUUUUAAGAUUUGUUUGAUCAGUGCAUGAUAAUUUGAGUAAACAGUGGAUUGAGCAAAACCCUAAGUCCUUGCAUGGUGAACCUCCCUUUGCACACUCUGCACUUUUGUUACAUCCACAAGGUCUUGGAGCCAAAAACUCUCUUGGUCACCAUGUAGUGACAAAGACACAUAGUAGGUGUUGAAUAAUGAAACAGUACAUUGAUAAGUUGUUCAUCCCUUGGUAAGCACAGAGUCUUCUUCAGUAAUAAAGACAGCCAAUCUCUAGGAAAUG